CGCCUCAAAAUUUUGUUAAAAUGAUCGGGAGCACUAAUCAGUCAAUACUCUACCCAAUUUCAGACGCUAUUCAUUUAUUAGGUAGGAAGUAAGAGGGCGCUGCGACCAGCGGGCGGUCGGGCUUCGUCGGAGUUGGCCAUCGCCGUGAGCAUCUCUCCUCUCUGCUUCUUCAUAUUUUUUCUCCUUUACUGAAUCGUAUCACUAGUCGGAAGAUUUCGAAGUCCGUUUGGAAGCAGCCUUCUGUAUUUCUGCAGCGGUCAACGAUUGGGUGAGAUAGGGUUUUGAGGGGAUCGAUGGGGGCGGCGGCGGACUGCAGUGCACCGGUGGGGCGUCGGAUUAGCAGCGCAUGCGAUGACGAUGAAGAAUAUCAAGAUGUCGGUCGGCAGUUAGGAGAGUCAAAGCGAUGGCCGCCGGGUGUUCGAUUUCAUCCCACCGAUGAGGAGCUCGUGCUCUUCUACCUAAAAAGGAAGAUAUGCCGCCAAAGGAUAAAACCUGCUAUGGUUGGCGAGGCUGACGUCUAUAAGUGCGAGCCAUGGGAACUUCCAGAGAAAUCCUUGUUGAGGAAGGGUGACAAACAAUGGUUCUUCUUCAGUCCAAGGGAUAGGAAGUACCCCAAUGGAUCGAGAUCCAACCGCGCUACAAAACAUGGUUACUGGAAGGCCACGGGAAAAGACAGAGGCAUCUCCCACCAUUCCAAAACCGCAGGUAACAAAAAGACACUUGUUUACUAUCGUGGUCGUGCUCCUAAGGGAGUACGAACAGACUGGGUGAUGCAUGAAUACACCCUUGAUGAGAAUUUUCUUGUGAGUUUCAAAAAUAUGCAGGAUUCUUAUGCGCUCUAUAAGCUAUUCAUGAAGAGUGGUCCUGGUCCUAAGAAUGGUGAGCAGUAUGGUGCACCAUUCAGAGAAGAGGAAUGGGAUGAUGUUGCUGUAGAUGAGAGCUUCAUGGACCAGAAUGAUGGAGAUGGAAUGUCUGCUGCAAUUUUAACUAGCAAUUCUAUCCCUGUUACUUUCAGUGAAGGUUGUGACACAUCUCCAGUCUGUGACUUGGAGGAUCUUCUGUUUCAUUUGUCGCAAGAGCAAGAAAUUGUUCAAGGAGAUCUAGAUUUCUCGGCAUAUACUUCUGAUUUAUCCAAGCUCCAGGUAGAUCUUGAACCAGAAAAUGGAAGCCAUGUCAUGAAUCUAUCUUAUGUUGAUGCUGAUGAUUCUUUCCUAGGUAUCGAUACUGGGGGUGAGAAUAGCAGCAUGGAGAUGAGAUUCCAAAAUAUACAGCCAGAAUUAGCCCAUUCUCAACCAAUUGGAUUGCCUAACAUGAUCUCAAAUCAGCAUAUUGUGACAACUGAUGAAGAGUUUCUUGAAAUCAAAGAUUUAAAUGACCCAAUGACCUCAUUCUACUUGGAUGAUAUCACUGACAGAAAUCUCACUUUUGAUACUGACGUGUUCUUUGAUCCAUUCGAUCAAUUCGAUGCCAAUAUGUUGUUAACCGAGUCCUUGGGAGUGCCAAUGGAUCCAUUCGAUCAAUUCAAUGUCAAUAUGUUGUUAACCGAGUCCUUGGGAGUGCCACUGGAUCCCAAAACACCACAUCACCAUUUUGAUAGCUUUUCUGAAGAAGACCCUCAAAACAAUGCAUUGCAUAUAAGCAGUCAGUUAUGGGCACAUGAGGAGAAUUAUAACUUGACAACUUUUGCAAAUACAAAUGAGGUGGUGGCCUUAACACCUCCGGCAGCAGGCUUUCCUAUCGCCAGUAAUUUGCCAAGUACUUCAGAGAUACACUUUGUCGAACAGAUCGGCCCUGCUGAAAGUCCUUCACCAUCUUGGUUUAACUCUACUCUUUCAGGCUUCCUUCAUUCAGUUCCAAGCAGCCCUGCAUUUGCUUCAGAGAAUGCCUUGAUUUCCAGGGCCUUUGAGCGUGUUUCAAGUUUCAGAGCAGCUCAAGUCAAUCCCCAACAAAGGGCUUCUGCCUCUGGGGGUCACAGAAGCAAUGAUAGAGGGUAUCUGUUCAUCUCAGGUCUGGUGGGGAUCGUUGCUGUGUUUUCGGUGUUAAUCGUUGGAACUGCUUUUCAAGUUUUUAAGGGUUUAUGGGGCAGAUUCAUAUCGUCGUAGUCUCUUAGUUUCCUUGUAAAAUAUUCAAUAAGUGGCGAGCUUUAGGUUUCGUUUGGGACGACUUUUUUACUGCUUCUUAAAACAGUUUUUUAAUACAGAAAUUAAAAAAUUUUGUACUAAAAAGCUGCUUUAAGAAGCAAUAAAAAAGCCGUCCCAAUCGAAAUCUUAAUCUAAUCGGAAGAGUUUUAAAAGAUGUAAAAGAGGGAUAGUGUGAUGCAAAUUCCUCCUGUGGCUUCAAUAAGUUUCAGCCUAUAAUAGAUUACAAGGCAUUUUUUAUCAUUAAUAUUGGAGUUAUAUUUUAUUCUUAGCAAAAUGUGACAUUUCCAUUAUCAAGCUAUGGAUUGUAGUUUCUUUUCUUA